AUGGGCAGCACGUAUUCUGCAUUAGCUAAUUUAGAUGAUAAUGAUUUAAUUCUUAAUCAAACAGAAAAUAAUCUAAUAAAUUCUUCUAGAGAUCACCAACCACCAUCAAUAUCAUCUCAAUAUUCAAUUCAACGUCCACCUCCUGUACAUAAAAAUUCUAUAAAUUGGUUAAGUGUUGUUAGACCAGAAAUGAUUGUUUCUUGUAGUUCUGACAAUACAAUUGUUUUAAGUAAUAUGGAUACUUGUAAUUGUGUAACUAGAUGGAAAGGACAUGAAAAAGAAAUAAAUAAAGUUAUGUAUAAGCAUAGUGGAUCUCAACAUUUUGUUUUGUCAGGCUCUAAAGAUUGUUCUAUUCGCCUUUGGCGUUUUAAUGAAACAGAAUGUGUACAAACAUUUAAUGGUCAUCAAUUUGGGGUUACCGGUUUGGCUGCCCUCGGAGAAGAAAAUUUUGUUUCUGGUGCUCGUGAUGGAAAAUUAUUUAUGUGGAACAUUGAACAUGCUAAUCAACCUAUAUGUUCUUCAAAUAUAUCUAAUAGCCAAAAUAUUAUAACACACAUUGAAGUAGACAACGAAAAUAAAAUUCUCUUCCAAACAUCUGAAGAUGGAGCUAUAAGAUUUUGGGAUAUAAAUAAUCUUUCAUUAAUAGAAACAAUCCCUUCUUCGGGUGGUCACCAGCCAAUAUGGCAUUGUAGUAGAUUAGCAAAUUUUGAACCAAAUGCUUUAUUAACAGCGGAAGGAGGGGAUGGAAAUGAAAUUAAGGAUGUUAGAGCAGCAAUAUUUCUUCAAUCUCAACCACAAAUAACUUCAAAACGUUUAAUGCUUAGUGUUAGCAAUGAUAGAACAAUUCGUUUAUGGGACGUUAAUAAUGGAAAAUGUAUUUGGACAGAAAAUAAUAUCACAGCAGAAUUAAAUUGUUGUGCAGAUUUUACAAAUGGAAGAGUUGUUGUUUGUGGGAGAGAUGCAACUUUAUGUGAAUUAAGACUUAUGGCAAAAGCAGGCCGCCCUUUCUUGCGUUGCAUCUCUUAUCAAUGCAUUGAAGAUUAA